GACUCCAGGAAGUGACUCUCUACAUUGAAAGUGGUUCAUGGAUUUCCAGAUAAUAUCUAUAAAUAUCUAUAUAUCCGCGGGUAUUAAACUGAAUAGCUUCGUAACGGGCGAACUGGGACUGACUCGGGAGCCCUGAACCACUGAUGCAGAUGAGGAAGAGAGUCCCCGCGUGUUUGAUCGCGUCCAGCAUGGCUUCACUAGCCGUGCUCAUGAUGCUGUUGUACGGCACCAUCGGCAGCCAGCAGUCGGGCAGCUCCAGCCUCAGGCACGACGACCAGCUGCUGGGCAGACCGCUUUACAAGCUGGACCUGAACUGGCCCAAGAACCCGGAGCUCUUCACCGGGGAGGCGUUUGGAGUGGCCGUCAACCAGCACGCGGGGGUCGUGUACGUGGCGCAGAGAGGUGACAAUGUGCCCAAAGUGCUGGUGUUCACCACAGAUGGAUACUUCCUCAUGUCCUGGAACACAACCACCCUGGAGAUGCCUCAUGGUAUAUUUGUAGCCGACGCCUCCUCCUCAAACCCCACUGUGUGGAUCACGGACGUGGGCAGCGGCCCGUACGGACACUGCAUCAAACAGUACUCGCCGUCCGGGAAGCUCCUGCAGGUGCUUGGCACGCCGGGGGAGGCCGGCUCCGGCUUGAACCCUCUGCAGUUCGACAGUCCGGCUGAAAUCUUCGUCCACGACUCUGGAGAGAUGUACAUCGUGGAUGGCGACGGCGGGCUGAACAACCGGCUCAUCAAGCUGUCCAAAGAGCAGCAGGUGGUGUGGAUGCACGGAGAGAAGGGGCAAGGCCCGGCUCAGUUCAACAUCCCCCACAGCGUCACCGUGGACAGCGUCCAGAGGGUGUGGGUGGCCGACAGGGCCAACAAGAGGAUCCAGGUCUUCAGCUCCGUCACGGGGGAAUGGCUGGGCAUGUGGGGGAGCUGCUUCACGGAGGACGCGCCCUAUUCAGUCCGCCUGACCCCGGACAAGAAGUACUUCGUCGUGGUGCAGCUCAACACCAACCAGAUCUCGCUGCUGGAAGCUCCGCCGGUGGGUGCGAUCGGCCAGUGCAGCGUGGCCAGCGUGAUCCAGCUGGCCGACGGGGUAAAGCCCCACCUGGUGGACCUGGACCUGAAGACGGGCGAACUGUACGUGGCAGAGAUUGGAGCUCAGCAGGCCCAAAAGUUCACCCCCUUCAGCCUGGGUGGGAGUUUCCUGUAGUGCCGAUCAGGAACUAACCGCGCCUUUAACGAGCGUCACCGCUCCAUUCAAACUUGACUCAAAGGCACACCGGUUACGUCUUUUGGAAUCAUGUGAACGACCAAUAAGACAAGACGCCAGCGGUUAAGGUUCCCAAACAAAGGCCCGCGGGCCAUAUACGGCCCGCCUCCACAUUUGGCCCGGCCCCCUGAGCAAUACCAGAGAUGCAUUCUGGGUUUUUUUUCAGUCUGGCCACGCAAAUCCUAGACUAGCCCCUGUCAAAUAGAACGGAAUAAUGGCGAAAAGGUUAGGUAUGUGUGGCUUUCUGGAAAACAAUACAUGUUUACAUUUAGGCACCCCUGCGAUCGUCACACUUUUUCUGUUACAAACUGACCCCGACUCCCAUCAGAGAAGGGAAAAGUUAUGUGGCCCUCACAGGAAAAUAUUUGGGGACCCCUGGGUUAAGAAAUCUGAGGUGUCUGUCUCAUAGAAUAUACAUUUAUAUAUUAAGAGUUUGCAAGAAUCUCUGUGUUUCCAUUGGCUUAGAAUCAGCCCUCCAUCUCUACAUGGUCCUCUUCAUGGAGUCCGGCACGUUGCUCCCCUGUAUUUCUAUGGGAGCCUAGAGUGGACAAACCAAACACGAGAGGAGGCCAAUACUCACACUGGAGAAGUUUCAGUUGGUUGCAACCUGGAACCUCACCAAUAGAUGUCACCACAGCCUUAACUCUGGUCCUGACCCACUAACUAUCCAUAAUAUAUAUAAAUGACAUCUUGUCUGAGACGGGGUGUCCUGGGUCUAAGCAUGUGCUGCUUUCAAAAGUCCAAAUAAGUAAUACAAAAAUAAAUAAUAAUAAUAAUAGACUGCAGGAUGUUUGUAAGUGACGGUUCUGCUCCUGCAGAAUGAAAUGCAGUUGAACUGGUUUCUUCUCCCUCGACGAGCUUUCACGCUGCUGCUGUUUGUUUGUUUGUCUCUUGACUCUUCUAAGGUGAGAGCUGUUAAACUCCUUUGUGCUUUAUUCCCUUUGCAGCCUUUUGCUUCUGAAUGGAUGUUUUUCCCUUCUUAAGAGGCUCGAUGUGAGUUGUCUGUAAAUAUAAUCGAAGCCCUUCAUAAUGCAGUGAAUCGAUGGGCUACGGCUUGGUGAGUUAUUAUACUGGAACAUUAUUGUUGCCACUGUAGGUGUAGUUAAUUGUGUCUUUGUUUAUUGCCUGUAUACAUAAUCCUCUAUUGUAGUAUAUAUACUUACGGUGAAACAUGUAUUGUGAUCAUGUUGUGCAGGCUGUGAUAAAAUGAGUGGUUUGUGGUAUUUGGGACAUAAACUGGAUGGAACUGUAGGAUCGCUGCACUUUCUCUCCCGGACACGACUCGUCCAAUACUUGAGCUGGAAAUGAGUCAUGUGACUUCUGUCUGGCAGGUAAUGAACCCGAAUGGUUUCAUCCAAUCUGAAGUAUUUUUUGACACUGAGCGUCGUGAACGUCCCUGAUGAGAUGGGUUUUGGGGCAGAUGUUGCACAUUUUUUUGUUUGGUUUAAGGUUUUAUUUUAAUCAUUUUGUAUUUGAUGUUUUAUUAUAAUUUGUUAUGUUUUGAUUCUUAAGUGAAUAUCUUUAAGAAUGUAAAGUGUCUUGCUCUUUGACAGGGUGUACUUAUAUAUUCAUUAUAUUAGUGGCAUAAAGUGAUGACUCCAUCAGUGUUACUGAACGAAUAUCUACUGCGUUAUCGAGAUGGCAGCCUUGGUUUUUUUGGUGUGACGUCAUCAUCGGGCAUUUGUUGUCCAAUAAAGUGUGCGUUUCGUGGCAUUUACUUUGCACAAUAUUCUCUGGUGUUGGGAGUUGAGCGCUUCCUCAGCGCCGGGACCGGGUUUACGUUUGUUGAGGAUUUGAAUACAAAUAUUUAAUUUGUUUUGUCUUUUAAGUUAUAUUUGGCAGGGAACCCAAGAGUGAAUGAAAGUUCAAAUAAAAACAUUGAAUCAUA